UCUGUGAGAGAAAUAAAUACCAUAACAAUAAUUCUCUAUCACAUUUUAAGAAAGAAUUCUCUGCUAAUUCAAAUAUUUUCAUCAAGCAUGGCAUCCCAGGUGACCAAAAAGACAGCUUGUGUGAUCGGCGGCUCAGGGUUUGUGGCAUCUUUGCUUGUGAAAUUGUUGCUUGAGAAGGGCUAUGCAGUGAACACCACAGUCAGGGACCCAGACAAUCAAAAGAAGGUUGCUCACCUAGUAGCACUACAAAACCUGGGGGACCUAAACAUAUUCGGAGCAGAUUUGACUGAUGAAGAAAGCUUCAAUGCUCCCAUAGCAGGCUGUGAGCUUGUCUUCCAUGUUGCAACCCCAGUUAACUUUGCUUCUGAGGAUCCUGAGAAUGACAUGAUAAAGCCAGCAAUUCAAGGAGUGCAUAAUGUUCUGAGAGCCUGUGCAAAAGCAAAAACAGUUAAAAGGGUCAUUUUGACAUCCUCAGCUGCAGCUUUAUCAAUCAAUAAGCUUAAUGGCACAGGCUUGAUAAUGGAUGAGAAGAACUGGACAGAUGUUGAGUUCUUGACUUCUGAGAAACCACCUACCUGGGGCUACCCUGCCUCCAAGACACUAGCUGAGAAGGCAGCCUGGAAAUUUGCUGAAGAAAAUGGCAUCGAUCUCAUUACUGUCAUCCCUAGCCUCAUGACGGGUCCUUCUCUCACGCUAGAUAUUCCCAGCAGCGUACACCUGUCAAUGUCAUUGAUUACAGGGAAUGAAUUCCUGAAAAAUGCUUUGAAGGGUAUGCAAAUGCUGUCAGGCUCGAUCUCAAUCACGCACGUAGAGGAUGUUUGUAGAGCCCAUAUAUUUUUAGCUGAGAAGGAAUCUGCUUCUGGUAGAUACAUAUGCUGUGCUGUUAAUACCAGUGUUGUCGAGCUUGCAGAGUUCCUGAAUAAAAGAUACCCCCAGUAUCAAGUCCCAACUGAUUUUGGGGAUUUCCCGUCCAAGGCCAAGUUGGCCAUCACUUCACAGAAGCUCAUCAGUGAGGGUUUCAGUUUCAAGUAUGGGAUUGAAGAGGUCUAUGACCAAACUGUGGAGUACUUCAAGGCCAAAGGAUUGCUGAAUUGAAGAGUUCUAGUUAUUUGUCACCGUCAUUAGAAGGAUUCGCAUUUGGCUGCGGAGAAAUUCUAGCUUGGCUGUAUGUGGUGUCAAAGAAUAAUUCCUCUAAUAUUAAGGAAGUGUAGUCCUGCUAUUAUGCUGAAGCAAUCUAGCGUCUUUAUUUCCAGACA